CAACACUUCAAUGGAGCAUCCCGAGGUGCAUAUUUUUAAGGGCGUGAAGAUUUUGGGCGUUUGAUUGAAAAGAGUGGUUUGUCUCUUCAUCCGUCAAUCCUUUCCUCCAACGCCUCGCCGGAGAUUGCGGCGGUUUAUACGGUGGCCAUGGCUGCGAUGCCGUGAUCGGAAAACAAACAUCGUAAGAAGGGGAUCUACUCGUUCGUCUAACCCUAAUUUCCCAAAUAUCAUGGACCACAUUCGCUGAUUUCAAGUCAUUUUCCGAUCCGUUGUUCAUCCGAUCUGAAACGUAUUAUCCAACUACCUCUAAUUCCUUCCGAUCGAUUCGAAGAGAAGUAUUGAGAUUGGCAUGAUACAUUAUCACGAUGUCUUUCAAAAGCAUUGUGCGCGAGCUGAGGGAGAUGGGAGAUGGAAUUGGGAGUUUAUCUAGAAGAGGAAUUGAAGGAAGACAUUGGAGAAACCGAACUAGAUCACACAUUGCCCCUGAUGUAGCUCCAUCAGAAUUGAUAAACCAAGGCCAGUGGGCAAAUCUCCCUCCUGAACUUCUUCUGGACAUAAUCCGUAGGGUUGAAGAAAGCGAGACUUCAUGGCCAGCUAGAACUGUAGUCGUUUAUUGUGCAUCCGUUUGUAAAUCAUGGAGAGAUAUCACAAAGGAAAUCGUCAAAACCCCUGAAGAAUGUGGUAGAUUAACCUUCCCAAUCUCAUUGAAACAGCCUGGCCCUCGAGAUUCCCCAAUUCAAUGCUACAUAAGAAGAGACAGAGCAACUUCCACUCACCGAUUAUACUUUGGGUUAACCCCAUCUGAAGACGAAAGCGAUAAACUACUAUUAGCAGCCAAGAAAAUCAGAAGGGCAACAAGCACAGAGUUCGCCAUUUCUUUAGUCGCAGAUGAUUUCUCACGAGCUUCCUCUACAUACGUUGGCAAACUAAGAUCUAAUUUCCUCGGAACCAAGUUCACAAUCUACGACAGCCAACCACCAACCGACACCACAAAUCACAACCGAUCAAGCCAACGAUUCCAGAAAAAACAAGUCUCCCCAAAACUACCUUCAUGCAGCUACUCCAUAGCCACAAUCUCAUACGAACUAAAUGUCCUUCGAACACGUGGCCCAAGAAGAAUGAACUGCACAAUGCAUUCCAUACCCAUUUCCUCAAUCCAAGAAGGAGGCACUGCUCCAACUCCAAAAUCUUUCCCUUUCAAAACCAUCGACAGAUCCACAUCAUCUUUAUCAACAACAACAACACCCAAUUCAAAUCCCCUCGACUCUUUAAUGCUUAAAAACAAAGCGCCUAGGUGGCAUGAACAGUUGCAAUGCUGGUGUUUGAAUUUUAAAGGACGAGUGACUGUUGCAUCUGUGAAGAAUUUUCAACUUGUGGCUGCUGUUGACUCGAGUCAUAAUGUUUCAGCUGUUGAACAAGAGAAAGUGAUUUUGCAAUUUGGGAAAAUUGGGAAGGAUAUUUUCACCAUGGAUUAUAGGUAUCCUCUUUCUGCUUAUCAAGCUUUUGCGAUUUGUUUGAGUAGCUUUGAUACAAAACCUGCAUGUGAAUGA